AUGAGAGCAGAAGACUUCCGGGGGCUCUCAGCCCUGCAAGUGGCGGCUCAGCAGCAAGGAGAAGAGGCUGAGGAAGAGGGAGCCAGCAGCACAGAUGCAGACGAUAAGGAAACAGAAGAUGCCUCAAGCAAGUCAGAAGAAGGUGGAGGCGAAGACAGCAGCAGCAGCAGCAGCAGCAGCAGCAGCAGCAGCGCAGAGAGCGCCGCUGAAGCUGCCAGCAGCAGCAGCAGCAAAGCUUCAUCUGAAGAGGCAGAAGAAAAGGCUAAGACAAAUGCAAAUGCAGAAGCAGCCCCGAAGGCUCCUGCCAGCAGCAGCAGCAGCAAAGCUUCAUCCGAAGAGGCAGAAGAAAAGGCUAAGACAAAUGCAAAUACAGAAGCAGCCCCGAAGGCUGCUGCUGCUGAGCAGCAGCAGAAAGAAGAGAAAGAGGGAGGAGAGGAGGAGACAGAAGAGGAAGAAGAAAAAGAAACAAAAACAGAAACAGAAACAGCAGCACCAACACCACCAGCAGCAACAACAGCAGCAGCAGCAGCAGGGUCUGAGGCCAGUGCUGCAGCCGCCAAGCCGAGCAACGAGGAAGCAGCAGAAACAACCAAAAAGGAGACAGAGGGAGAGGGAGAGGGCUCAGAGGCAGCAAAGAGCGAAGAAGAGAAACCUGAAGAGGAGACAGAGAAAGAGGAGGAAGAGAAAGAAGGAGAAAAGGAAAAGAAGGAAACAAAAGCAGGCGAAGAAGAAGAAGCAGAAAAAGAAAAGAAAACAGAAACAGAAACAAAACAAGCAAAAGAAACAGAGACAGAAGAGGAAACAGAAGCAGCAGCACCAACAGAAAAAGAAGAGGCAGAGGCACCCAGUGAGGCUGAAGAGAAACCAGAGACUAAACCCCAACAGCAGCCCCCAGAAGAAGAGACAGCAGCAGAAACGGCCGCAGCAGCACCAGCAGCACCAGCAGCAGCACCAGCACCAGCAGCAGCACCAGCAGAAGCACCGGCUGCAGCACCAGAAGCAGCACCAGCAGCAGCUGCAGCACCAGCACAAGCGGCAGCGACAACCUCAACAACAGCGACGCCGCCAGCAGCAGGAACUGAAGCAGCAGCGGCUGAAGAGAAACCAGAGACUAAACCCCAACAGCAGCCCCCAGAAGAAGAGACAGCAGCAGAAACGGCAGCAGCAGCACCAGCAGCACCAGCAGCAGCACCAGCACCAGCAGCAGCAGCAGCACCAGCAGCAGCACCAGAAGCAGCACCAGCAGCAGCUGCAGCACCAGCACAAGCGGCAGCAACAACCUCAACAACAGCGACGCCGCCAGCAGCAGGAACUGAAGCAGCAGCAGAACCAUCAACAGCAGCAGCAGCAGCAGCAGCAACAGCAACAGCAACAGCAGCAGCAGCAACGCUGCCUCCUGAGGAGAGUACCCCUGAGACGGUGGAGGGUUUGGGUUUUUCUGCGAGAAGAAAAGAAGAACUCACAAAACCAGAAGAAGGCAAAUGUUAUUCACAAAUAGCUGAUCAAGUAAUUAAAGAAGAAAACGCGUUGAUACAGAAAGCUAAAGAAAAUGGUGCGGCCGAUGCUGCUUGUGUUUCUCCUCGUUUCACUCAUAAAUACACAAAACGCAGCAGCAGCAACAGCAACAGCAACAGCAGCAGCAGCAACGCUGCCUCCUGA